AUGCCUCCCCCUCAACCGGUGACCCCAUCGCCGCACCGAUUCGUAAUCAAGAAAGAUGCCCCUGCUCGAAAGACCCCUCUAGCACAAGAAUACAAGCCUCGACCUAGUCAAUUCAACACCACCCCGCGGUUCACAGUCUCUUCGACCCCGCGACCUACUGCGACGCAGAGUUAUGCCUCUGCUACACCCUCUUCGUCGCGAUAUUUGACGCCGGGAAAGAGUGCACAAAAGGAGCACGAGGCGAUUGACAUUUUAUCCUCUGAUGGUCCAACGAGGGACAUCCAGGAUUCAGUUGAGGCGGAAGAGCAGGAUCAUGAAUUAGAUUAUCUAUCUGAUGAAGACGAUUACGCGUUGGAAGAGCCUGGUCCAAAGCGGCGGCGACUCUCAUCAUCUCCUUUUCAGCUAAGGGAAGAAGACCACAGCGACCAUGAGCCACAACUAUCGAACUCCUCUCUGCAAAUACUAUCAUCACCACCGGCUCCCCGACACGCGAUCACUACCGCAGCAUCGAGGUUCCUAAUACCAGCACCGCCGUCCACUCCCGCAGCAUCUAAUCUUACCCAAUCAACGUUCCGAAAACCACCUCCUUUCAGACCCCCCGAUCCAUCCGAGCAGGCGGCUUCACAAAAGGAUCCCCUGCCUGACCAUUUCUCACCCCAGAAAGGGGGGCGGAAAUAUAUCCCCGGCGGACUGGCAGCAGAGCUACAAGGCUGGUUAGUCAACAUGGAGUCUACGCUUCCUUCGAAUAUAAAUAGAGAGGAUCCUUGGCUUGUGAAGAUUGUAGUUGAUGAGGUCAGUGGGGGCGCGAGGACUGGGAUGACGAUGAUUAGGGGGAGGCAAUUGAAGGCUGAGGAUGGGAUGAUUGAGCAUGAGACAGAGAUGAAGGUAAUUCUUGCUGGUGAGGGGACAAUGGUGGGGUUACAGAGGGGGAGUAUAGUUGAGAUGGGAAAGACGAUUGGAGUUAAAGGACCGGUUUGGGAGGUGCUGCUCGAGGGCGAGAAAUGGGGAGUUGGAGUUGACUGGAAAGUCCUACCUGAUUGA